AUGAUUCACACAAUGGACGACGAUUCCUAUCUCCGACAUCCCUCCUUUGCGGAACAAACCCAACCUUCUUCCCGCUCAUCACAGCCCAGUUCUCGGACUCGAGUUUUACCAAACGCGGUCAUGCCCACUGGCCUCGAGGUACUUACAGAGAAUGUGGCCAAUUUGUCUCCGGAUCGCCUCGGGCCCACCAGCCCAAUUCAGGAAGGGCUAGGCAGCUUGAAUCGCUGGUCCCAGUCUACGGCAUCGAGCAAGAGUCCCUCGGAGUACACGGGGCAUCAUCGUCGAGGAAGCUCGAAAAUGUCCGUCUCGGGGUACAACCGUGGACCCGCCCCAGGUCUGCCAUUCGAUCUCCCGGGGAAGAGUUCUUCAUUCUCAAGUCAGCACUUCCACCCAACCGAGCCCAGAACGGAUAUCGCCCAUACCAGUUCCAUUCCGAACGACGAAGAUCCGGCGACCAUACAACAUGGCCUCACCCAAAAGGCCAUGCUAUCAAAGGCACUUCAAAAAGCCAAUACGGCAGUCCUGCUUGACAAUGCUGCCAAUUUCGAGGGUGCUAUGGAAGCCUACACUGACGCCUGCAAUUUGUUGCAGCUUGUCAUGCUUCGCAGCAACGGAGGAGAUGAAGAGAAAUUCAAACUCCAAGAAAUUCGGGACACCUAUAUGCUUCGGGUCACAGAACUUCACCGUAUGGACUUUCCUCUCGCACAGGACGACGGCAAGGCUCUUCCGGAUCGUCCUCUCAGCCAAGAGUCAUACGGAGAAUUGCUCCAUUCUGAUGGGCAGAACUCGCCCAUUCCACAAGAGUUUGAAGCAGCCCAUCGCCACUCCUUGAAGCCAUCCCCUUUAGAAGAUCAACCCUCUAUGACGGAAGAGAACGAGUCUACUUCAUGGUUGGACACGAUUGACGAAUCUGGUUCAUCGCCAUCGUCAGCGAACUCUAAAGCGUCAUCGGUGUACCUUCGUCGCCGAACAAGUCGUCGACUCAGCGAUACUGAGGCUGAAUUUGAUGCGGCCCUUGAUGCAGCCGUUGAAGCCGCAUAUGACGAAGGUCUGGAGCCAGUGCUUGAGUAUGAAGAAAAUGAUGAUAUUGUUUCAAAUGCUCGCAGGAAUAUUCAACUAGCAAAACAAAGAGUGCGCGAGGCAGAACAAGAGGCAGAGGCGAUGAACAUGCAUCAUAAAUUACAAGACGCCAGCAUGUAUUCGGACGAUGAAGAGGAAGAGCGCUUGCUAGAAGAGAUGACCAAAGGAUACGUGAUGGACGACUUUGAAUUUGGCAUUCAGUCCAAGUCGGCACUUCCUCGAGAAUCGGAUUCUAGUAACAUGUCUGCAAGGACAUGGGAAAGCUCCACAUCUAAUGCUGCUGGGUUGUCUCCACUUGCAGAAGAUGAUGUUGUAGACCCAAGGCAUACCACGCCCUCUUCCCCUCCAUCCUCGGGUUUGCCACCCCUACCGGCGUCAUCCGACUUCCCUAUCAUCCACGCGAAAGGCACUCCCGCUAGCUCUAUCAGAUCACUCGCGUCUUCCACGGGUCCAGGGGUGCGGGCCCGCAGACUAUCCAGUCAAACCCAGCUCAAAAUCGAGAUCAAUCGCUCUGCAUCGGUAGAAAACUUGACACUGGCCAACCGUCCACCACCGUUGCCGAAAGACGAACUUGGAGCUCGUUUGUACCCACGCAACCCAUCAAUACACUCUUUCACCGACAUCUCCAAAACACGUACUCAUGAAGAUGAAACCGACUUACCCCCCUUACCACCGUCAGCGCGACCCAUGGGCAAAGUACCUUCCGCUCCAGAUGGAUUGAAUAAGCAUACCAAACCAUUUCGAGCCCGGAACGCCUCUGUUCCGAUUCAAAUCCCCGAUAGGUGUCCAGAAUCCCCAAGCACUCCGUGGAGCGGUGCAUUCCCUGACACUAGGGGGGUCACGGUUUCACCUAUUCCUGAAUUAAGUGGAAAUAUGUUUAGUAACAACAUCCACUCACCAACAGAACUUGGUCGUCCAAAUUCGUUAGUAGCCAAUGGACCUGCUCCUUUAGAACCUUGUCCGGAGUCUUUUCUGCUCCGCCCAUUUUGGCUCAUGAGAUGUCUUUACCAGACACUCGCGCACCCUCACGGGGGUUAUUUGUCACAGAAACUCUUUAUUCCUCGGGAUGUCUGGCGUGUAAAAAAUGUCAAACUGAAGGCUCUCGAAGACAAAGUCUCCAACUGUGAUCUUCUGACUGCCGCACUGCUAAAAUUGGCUCAAGUUGAUACAUAUGAUGCAGAUGCCGUCCUAGAGGAGAUGCAGUCAUUUGAAUCUGUCCUCGAUCAAGUUCAAGGUCUUCUGUCCAAAAAGCUUGGCAGUGAUGUUGGUGUCCAAGCUUCCAUGCCAUUGUUCAAGCCAGCUUCAAUGCCAGAUGAAUCUGCUCCACCUGAAAAUAAAUACUUGACUUGGAAAAGAUUACGCGCCAAAACUUCCGGACUUGCGGCCAAUCCUGCCCGAGAAAGUCACAAAGACAACCUUAACCUCAACUCUGUUCCGAUGACUUCCUUGCAUGGAACGCCUGCGAAGCGAAAUGUUACCCAGCUUGAGUUCUCUGGGCCCAACGCAAAUUAUAUGGGGGCAUUGGCGCGACUGUUCGAUGCUGCACAGGUGCUAGAACAAAUUGCGCAGCAGGUUGAGGAUCCCGGACUCAAACAUUCGUCUAAAACACAUGUCGGUCUGGAACUCAGCACGCGGCAUGCUGCUGAGUUCUUUGGCUUCUAUAUUUGCCGGUUCGCACUGGCUGAUGUGGGAUUAAUGCUCGACAAGUUUAUCAAGCGAGGUAGCGAGUGGGUGUUGGUCUAG